AUAUGUGCAGUAUACUGGCUCUCGUGAUACUCUUGAGAGAAAGCCACAACCCCUUAAGAACUAAAGCAAGAGAUAAGAUAUGCAGGGCUAUACAGUAUGGUUCAAAAUUCAUUAGUGAAGGGAGCCUGGCACAGCCCAAAAUGUUGACAAUUCAACUAGCUUGGCAAGGAAAGUUUUCUGACUUUUUAAGUUUUGGCUACAUCCUAUAAUGCAAAAUAAGAAAUUAGAAUUGUUUUUAUUCAAUCUCCUAAUAAUGGUAUUAUCAUGAGUUUAGAUUGUUAAAUUGGAAAAUUUUGAGUCAGUUUAUACAUCUUAUGAGAAAAUGUUUUUCUUUUAGAUUUAAUCUAUACUCUUACAAAUCUUGAAUCUUGCUUGAUUUAUGCUUUACAUUGUUAAUUUGCAGUUUGUCAAGGAUUUGCAUGCUCUUAUUAGCCUAGUUCCUCAAGGAACUCCCUAUCCACUUGUUCUGUUGGGGAAGUCAAAGAAUGCACUAUUACCAACUUUCUUAUUUCUCAAUCAAAUUGUUUGGCUUGGUGGAACAAGUAUCUAUAAGAACAAGGAACCUGCUGAGCUGCUUGGGUGGAUAUCCUUUUUCUGAUGGAUGGGUUCUUCAAUUUACAACAGCUUGGUUGAGCUUGGGGAACCUAGGAGGCUUUCAAUAUCAAUGAAAAAGUUGGAGAAGGAGCUAAAGAAUGGUGAUAAGUGCCAAGUAUGCUUAACACAGUUACUAUUCUGUGUGCUCACAGCUGGGAUUAUCCUAUUUGAAUUUCCAUAUUAUAUUGUGAUGGAUAAAAAGGGCAAUGAAAGAAUGGUAUUGUUUGAUGGGAAAUUUAUUUUAUAGAGGUUUUUGUAUAUUGUAAAAUGAGUUAGAGUAUUAUUUGAUCUCAAUAUAUAAAUAAAAUGUGUUUGGUUUU